AUGACGACUCAAUUAGAUGAACAUUAUAUUCGAACCAAUGUCGAAUGGUUCCAACUACCAUCCGAUGUUAAACAAAAAUUCAGUUGGAAUACAGAAAAAGAAUAUGAUAAAGCAAUAUUAAUAUUUUCAAUAAAACAUCAAUUACGUCAUAAAGGAAAUUUAGUUCGAAAAGUUCAAAAAGAUUCAAGAAAAUAUUACGAUGAUCUUUUACGUUACAGUCGCGAACAUUUAAUGAUUUUUCCAUAUCAUUUAGCUGAUAUAUAUGUUAAAGGUUUACGUAUAACCUCAUUUUCAUAUUAUAUUGAUAUGAUAAGUGAUUUAGUUCUUCAAGAAAAAUCUUACGAUACAUUACCAAAUUUUACUGCUGCUGAUUGUCUUCGUUUACUUGGUAUUGGUCGAAAUCAAUAUAUUGAAUUAAUAAAUCAAUCUCGUACAAUUUUACAAGCUGCAAGAAAGAAAAUGUUUUUAAAUUUAUCGAACUGGAAAACACCUGCUUCGAUUCGUCAUUUAUUACCAUCACAACCAGUUGAUUCCGUUCAUAUUCAUCCAUGGUGGGUUAUUAAUUUAGGUUGUGUAACUGAUGAUGAUGUUAAACAAUGUACAAAUGAAGAAAAAUUAAUUAUUGAUUAUCUUAUUGAUGAAAAAUGUUCGAAAUUAGCUGGUGAACUUAAUUUUGAUGCAAUACAUUCACUCUAUCGUAAAGGUUUAAUCUAUUUGGAAGUACCUGUAUCGGAGGAAGAUUAUAUUCAAGUACCACCAUUAGGUUCUGGUUUUGUUAUGAAUCGUAUUGUUGGAGAUUAUUUUGAAGUUUUACUUUAUAAAUUAUUUGUUUCAACAGAUGAAGAUACAAAUGUCGGGGAAUUAUCAAGAUUAUUAACAUUAGAUAUGGAUUUAGUUAAACAAACAAUGUCAAUGUUUUUAAGAUUAGGUUUUGCGCGAAAGAAAAAUCUUGAUAGUGAAUAUGGAGUUAUUCAUACAUCAUGGAAACAUUAUUCGUCAACAACUGGUUUACAAUUACCACCACCACCAAAACCAUUACCCAUAGAUAAAAAUGCAGCAGAUUGGACAAGAGAAAUAGAAAUGGAUGCAUCUAUGACUGACGAAGAUCUUAUGUCGAUUAGUACAACUGAUGAACAAAAAUUUUUAAUAUCACCUACUAGUAGUGUUAAUAUACCAGAUACUGUAUCAAUGUCAACUAGUACUGGUACAUUAAAACAAAAACGUAUUGGUUUUCUAUUCGAUUCUUCGUUAACAGCUUUUUUAAUGAUGGGUAAUUUAUCGCCAAAUUUAAAAACUCAUGCUGUUACAAUGUUUGAAGUUGGUAAAUUAGCUGAUGAAAUUCUUGGUUCAUUUUUACUAGAGUUAGAAAGAAUUUCACCGAUAUCUCAAUCAUCAAUAAAAUCUUCCGAUGAUGAUAAUCAAAGUGAAGGUGAAGCUGAUCGAUAUUUUUUACAUGCACGUGUUCUCUAUCAAACAAUCUCAUUUUUACGUUUAAAUAAUGAUUUAUUUGAUGAUGAUAUUGGUAGUCUUGGAGUUGAUUUACUUCGUUAUGAAAGUUUAUCAAGUCUUGAUGCAAAUACACGUCAACGUGUAAUCGAACGUAAUUAUCAUGUAUUAAUAUCCAUGGCACCCGUUAGUGCUGAGACAGUUUAUUCACCAUUUAAUUCAACUGAUUAUCUUGGACCUUGUUUACAAGAAAUGAAUAGUGUAUGGAUGAAAUUAUUUAUUUAUAGUUUAACAAAAUCAGGUCCACCAUCAAUACUUUUACCAAAAGGUUAUCGUUUAAAUAUUUUACCGAAUUGUUUACAAAAUUUUGAUAAAUUUCUUGUUACAACAUGGAAUCAUGAACCAACAUAUAUAUCAAAUGUGAAUAUUUUAUUAAGUAUUAAUGAAGCAUUACUUCAUUCAGCUGUACUUUUACAAGGUUUUUUAUAUGGCAAUAAUAAUAAUAAUAAUCAUUAUAAAGAAGAACAUCAACAAAUUCGAUAUGUACCAUUUCCAUUUGAUCAUAUUGAAAAAAAUCAUGGAUUAGAACAAUUAUCAACUGUUAUCGAUUUAAAAAAUACAUGUGGCUAUGUAUCAAUGUUAACAUUAUCAGCAACGAAUUCUGAAGAAGUUUUAUUAGAUAUUAGAUUUGGUAUUCCAUUAUUUGAUGAGAAGAUAAGUGAAACAAUUCGAAAUGGAAUUGUUAAACAUAAACUAUGUGCAAAAGAAAAAGUUCAAGAACGUUUGAAAAGUAUUCGUAUUCUUUCAAUAAGUUUAAUUGCAUUUAUUGAACGUUUUCAGCAAUUUGAUACAUCAUCGUGCAAUAUGCCUCUUCGUCAUUCCUCAAAUGGUAUUCGUUCGACGUCUUUACCACAGCAACCGAUUCUAUUUGAUGGUCAAACUCUUACAACGAUAGGUUCAUCAUCAAGUUAG